UAGAUACGGCGGCGAUCUGAUCACCGGAUGCAUACUCCCGAGUAGACGGCUCCUCGGCGCCGCUUGUCCGACGUGUCAAGUCAAGUGCUGCACUCCAGCGGAACGCUCGAGUCAAGAUCCAUCGCUCGCCACCCCAGAUCUCGAGAUGCGCUGGCUGGUGGCUCAAGCUCUAGCGACGACUUGGGAGGGAAAGAGUUCGACGGAGAGCGCGAAAAGAGUGCCUGAUUCGCGGAUGCUGCCAAGCCUUGCUGGCGGAAGAUCAGACGAGCGGAUCGACGUGCCUCAUCAGCAACAUCCGGAGGAUCGGAGGGCUACAUUCGAAUGUGGUAUGCGGUCAAGUGCUGACACAGCACACUGCUCAACCGUUCAAGCGAGCGCAGGUGACGUCUGCCUUGCUGAGCUCGCCUCCUCUGGCCCCUACUCCCGACUACCUCCUCGCAAUGCACAAGGGCUCCGCCUACAUCCUGCCCCGUUCAUACAUACACAGCGUGCUUAGCGUGCUUGGAAUAUUCUAACAACCAAAGUAAUCGGCGAGCGCGGCCAGGUCGCAGAAGUGGAGGGUGUGACGGGGCUGUGGGGUCACGUCCUUAGUCCUCGCACGGCCAAAUUCGUAUGGGCGCUCGAUGUAC